AUGACGAUGUCAACAUGGUUCGCGUGGCUAAAAAACAUCCAAAAUAUCACGUGAGUACUUCGCAAAUUUCAUAUUCAUCCCGUGAAUUUAAACUUGAAAUAUUACAGAAACUACAACAAAAUCUUCAAAAAUGAUGAUUUUGGCAAACACCUUGGUUUUGGAGACUAUAUAGGACACUGGCAAAAGUCCGGAAAUCAAAUCAACUUCCAACUGGCAUCGAAGAAAUCACCCUCGUCGUCUCCAGUCGGAGCCUAUCUCCACAAUCAUGCCUUCAUCUUCAACAAAAUCCCCUGCUCCAGAAGUCUCGACAUCACCAAUUUCUUCACCGCGGAGAUUAAUUUUAAUUUUUCUUGUUGUUCAUUAUUUAUUAAUUAA